AGAGAGAGAGAGAGCGAGACUAGAAGCCUGCAGCAGCAAAUGAGACAGAACAACGAGGCGGGAGAGGUAGAGAGACGGGAGGGAGGUGGAGAGGGGCCCCGUGCAGGAGAGAGGGCUACAGGGUGAGGAAGAAGGAGUAGAGAAAAAGUUAGAAGAAGUAAGAGAAAGAAGGUCCAGGAAAAGAUUGGUGCAAAGAUUAACAACUACAGGGGAGAAGAAGAAGAAGAAGAAGAAGAAGAAGAAGAAGAAGAAGAAGAAGAAGAAGAAGAAGAAGAAGGGAAACAACAGACAGGAAGGAAGGGGAGGUUCUGGGUAGAGAGGAGGUAAAAAAAAAAAGAGCUGAAGAAAAGUUUUUCUUGUAAGAAGACGCAGAUGAGGAAAACAGAGCGAGUGAAUGAGAGAGCCGAGAGGGGAGGAAACCAAUUGUUUUCUAAGGCGUUUUCCACUCAAGCCUCUGGACUUCUUUGGACAUGUACACAGAAGGCGCACAAACAACGGGACACCACCGGUUUCACCAGCAGCAGCACAUCAACAACAACAACACAAGCCCCUGCUCCUGCCAGCACUGCGUCCUCUAUGAUCCGCCAGCGUUCAGCCAUCACGGUGGGCCGGGAUACCCACCAGCAUCAGAGAGACACACGGACCACCCAUCUCUGGACUGCAGGAGAGACAUCCAGGCUCCUCGGGUUCAAGAUGUAGGAGGGAGAGCUUUGGUGGUGGACAGAGCAGAGAAGAGCGGUCAUCGCAGCCCACAGAGGAGGCCUGUGUUCGGGGGGCCGGACCCUCACAGCCAGUCACACGACUUCAGCCAAGUUUGCCCCUGGGAGCUGAACCCUGCCCAGCGGAGCUACCCUCCGGAGCCCGGGGUGAGACACUACCCGUCUGUCAGGGAACAGUGUGGCUGUGUGGGGCGCGGCGACACCAAGGCACACCCCUUUAAAGCCGGGAUACCUCAUCCUCUCCCACAUCUUCAGGUCAAAGGUCAAGGGUACCGACACAGGAGGACGGUCCGGUACGUCUGCGUGGACGAGGAGGAGGAAAGUUAUGGUUGUAAAUCUGAGAACUAUCAUUCGGAGCCACAUAAUCCUCAUAUAGGUCAUAUCAAGCCGAAUGGCCACUGUGGACCGAGGGCGGUGUUCUUUGAGGGAGGGGAGGAAAGAGAUAGAGAUCAGGACCGGAGCAGACUGAAGGGUGGAUCAGAGGAGGGCUGUAAUGGACGCAGUGAGUCUCACAAAGGUUUUUUCCCCACAGAAGUCCCCCAAAAACAGUUGAACCAAAGCAGGCAGAAGGGGUCCUGCGUCCCACCCUCUGGCAUCACCAACCCCAGUCCUGAGCCCUCAAAACCGACCAGCGACCACCAGAGCCAGGGAGCGGAGGUGGUGAAGCAGAAGAGGAGGCAGGACUCAGUGAGAGAUCAAAUCAGACAAGUGGUGACAAAUCUGGAGGAUGUGUUGGGGGGUCUGAAGCAGGUUCACGUGGAGAUGAAAGAGGUGGUCGAGCAGAUUGAUCGUCUCACAGCGAGUAUCGACCUCAGCGAUGAGGCGCCCUGCAUCACUCAGGGGACGUCCAGUAACUUAUCCUCUCAUCCUGGCGACCUCAGGCUGGCCCUGCUGCCCAAUCACAAGCCUGCUCCGGUCCCGAUGUCGCAACACGUGGAAGAAGAUCGCAUCAUCUUAAGAACAAACUCUCCUUCUCCUGUUCACAUGGCAUCCGUCGUUAAAACCAGCCGCUUCACUCCACCCAUCCACAAUAAAGACAUCAACCAUGAGAGGCCAGGGUUAAAUGGCCACCCGCCUCACCUGUAUCCCGCCAGAGACCCCCACCAUGUUGGCCAAACUCACCCUGAGCAACUCCCACACAGCCUGGACCCUAAAGUCAUUAUCGGGAACAGCACCUCUAAUUCUAGGACUCAGAAGCCUCCUGUAUACCCCCAAAAUGGGCGCUGUGGGAAGGGCCCUCGUCCGAAGCCUGUGAGACCCCCUGUGUACCCCGAGAGAGGCAGGGAGAGCACCAGCAUGGUGUGAGGAAGGGGGAAGUGGUCUGCCCCAGUGCCAAAGGGGGCCUGAAACAUGAGACCCUGCUGCAGCGAGUGGAGGUCAGAGUGGGACCAGGCAGGGGAACAACUCAUGCAGGAGCUGAUGCCACUGAGAGGAGCUGUCAGCGGGAAACAGAGCACGGCCUGAAGGUGGGGAUAUUUCCAAAGGGAAAACUCCCCCCUAGAGUCGACCUGCGACCGUACGUCACGCAGGCACAGGAGCAUGGAGGAGUGGCAGUCAAACCUCUGAGAAUUUAAGCUUUACUGCUUCUGUUGAGGUAGAUGCAAAUAUUGAGCAGGGUAAACUGUGAAGAUAAGGAAUCUUUUCAUAGCAGUGUUUAUUUAUUUUACAAUGUUUUUUUAUUGCAAAGAAAUCUAUUUUCAGGCAGCUUACACUAGUCUGGAUACUUAAUGUAUGCUAUAUCAAGAUUUGUAUCAUCUAAGCUAUAGUAAAGAUAUGUUACAAAUAAAGACAGUUUUUCUCAAAGUUGAAUGGUUGUUAAAGUAUGUAAUAAAACAAUCAGCAAAGAGGCAGGGAUAUUCAAAAGGUAGAGAUUAAAUUGCAAUACAACAGACUCUGCUAUUUUCACACAAAUCAAUCUGACUUCUCAAUUGAGAGGUUGCAUUGACAGCUGAAUGUCCCACAUUUCAAUAAGAAAUAAAAUCAUUGACGCAAGCA